AUGAAGCCAGAAUCAAAGAAACUUUCCGAAAAGAGACAGAUUCAGAACAACGAUGAUGCUAACUCUUCUUUCGAUCUAAGUUCGAUCAAAGAGGCUAUCGAAAAGGUCCCAAAGACAAAGAAGACAAAUCCAUUCGAUCUAACUUCAAUGUCUCUUGCAAUAUCCUCAGUUGAUCGUCAGUGUAGUAAACGGAGACUUACAGCGAUGAAGAGAGAAUCCAUGAGGCAGCGAUUCCAAACCCUUGUCCUGAUUUGCAAGAGAACCCAGAAGGAAAGAUUAGGGAAGGACUAG